AUGCGACCCCUCCGAUUCCUCCUGACCGUCCUCUCCUUCAUUCUGGCCUUCUUUUUGCUGCUUUUCAUUGGCCCCUGGAGCAGCAGCGACAUUGAAAACGUGCAGGACCGCAGCAAUGUGGGCACAUACUUCAACUGGCGGACGCCUUCCUCGUUAUUUCCGCCUUCUGCGAUCAUCAGCCUGACUGAUGACAAUUCUACCAACUUUCUCGCCCGCCCCGCCGCCUUUGGACCUCUACUCCCAGUGAAGAGCCUAAGUGGGCAACUAUGGAUUGGGAGUGGGUUUGGAGAUGAUCAUCUGGGUCGAGGAGAAGGCGAGCUGGGAUGCAGCGAUGUACCAGGAUGGGACGACGGGAGCUGGACGGUCGUGAGUGGGAAUACCAAAAAGCCCUCUGCUGAAGGCAAGACCAUGAAUGGAGAGUCGACCAGCUCUGGGUCGAGCAAGAGCAAGAGGAAUUCUGGGGAUGACGAACUUGAGGACGACACAGACAACGAUGAGCAUCCUUCUGAGGAUGAUGGAACGGAUGAUUAUCUCCACCAUCCAUUGCCAGCGAGCGAUGGCCUCAAAACAAAUGGCGAAGCCGCUGGCAAGACUAAAAAGCCGACCCAUGCCGACAUUCAGUCUCUACAGGAAAGUGCAGAGAUUGCUGGAAAGAUAGUGCUACUGAGCCGAGGAGGAUGCGGUUUCCUCGAAAAAGUCAAGUGGGUGCAGCGAAGAGGCGGCAUUGCGCUGGUUGUGGGAGACGACAUUCGUGGUGGACCGCUGGUGACCAUGUACGCUCGAGGCGACACUUCCAACGUCACCAUUCCUUCUCUUUUCACUUCACACACAACGGCACAGCUCUUAUCGAGCCUGAUGCCGUCCGGAACCUUUAUUGGACAUGUAGAAGAGGCCAACCGGCUUGGCCUGACCCCUGGAAACAAGGGCAAGGGAGACAGCGAGAGCGCAGGAAGCCAGAAGAACGCUGAUUCUGCUGAUAAGCCCAACUUCACUACAACUACAACCGCCACGGCCAAAGCUACCUCCACCCCGCAGACUAGACCCAAGCACAAGAGCGAGAAAACUGCUUCCAAGGAAAGGGAGAAGCCAAAGCAUCGUGGCUGGCUUGUCUCUCUGUUUGGUGGCGGCUCAGAUGGUGCGGACAGUCGACGUCCGCCGAGCAGUGGCAAUAUCGGCUGGGUGCUGCAGCAAGAAUUUGAAGAUGAUGAACCAGUCCAUGGAAAGACCACCAAGCUACCUUCGAGCUCUACAUCGUCGCAAAUACCGACCGCAACUCCAAGGCGAGGCGAUAGCGACGGGUUCCAGAUUGGUGUUCAGGACUGGCGCGAUCCUGACUUGGUUGCGGAGCAGAAAGAACAGAAUCUCAGAGGCUCCACUACCUCAAGCUCGAGCUCAAUCCCUGUGAUCAAGAACAGCAAGCCCACGACAUCUUCUUCUUUAAAGGGAGGCAGCAUCACUCCUGGAAGCGGCGAGUAUGGCAAGGCGAAUCACGAAGCAGUUGAUAUCGCUAGCUCGAAAAAGUCACAGUCGAAAGACAGCAUGACUUCUCAGCAGACCAAUGACCAGCAGGACGGCUCACGCGGCUGGCUGGGUAGUCUGUUCUCAUCUGACCCUCCUGCAGACGAUGCCAAGACCGAGACUGCACCAAAAGCCGCCGUCAAAGCUCCUGAGCUCCAGUCGCAUCAUUCCAAAAGUGACAGCGCUCAUCGCCGUCCACAACCUGCGAAUGGUCCUCAGAUGCACGAAGGACUAUGGGUGACGCUGUCGCCCACGUCCAUGUCCUCGUCGCCGUUCUUUGACACAUUACUGGUACUGGUCGUCUCACCUCUAGUUACACUUACUGUUGUCUACGCUCUUUUGUUACUACGAUCUCGAAUCCGACGGAGGAGAUGGCGCGCACCCAAGUCUGUGGUUGAACGGCUACCUGUUCGAACAUACCAGACUAUGCCGAGCAGCACUUCAAGCUCGACGUCAUCCUCGAUCACAUCUCAAGCCAGUGCAACGACGCCGUUGCUACCAGCUUCUCGACCCAUCAACACGCGCUCUCGACCGCGCGCGCGAACAGCAUCGGAAGUGCCACAUGGAUCCUCGAUGCGCUCUGACGAGAUGGCCAGCCCCUCGCUUGAUCAGAUCGAAGAGAAGCGCGCGGCAGGCCUAGCUGAAUGGAGAAGGCGAUACGGUGGCAAGCAACGAGAGUGUGUUGUAUGCUUGGAGGAAUACGUGGAUGGUGUCAGCAGGGUGAUGAGCCUUCCCUGUGGCCACGAAUUCCACGCCGAGUGCAUAACACCCUGGUUGACCACCCGCCGCCGCACCUGUCCCAUCUGCAAAGGCGACGUCGUGCGUUCGCUGGCUCGAAGCGCCGGUUCUUCUUCCGCCUCGCCACCGCAAGCACAUUACCGGGACGAUGAGGGUGAAGAUGAGGCCGACGUGCAGGAACAGGCCUCCAACACCGUUAAUGAUGACCCGGCGGCACAGCAGCCUGUGAGCCGGGAAGAUGAAGCUUUUGAGGAUCUUGAAAGAGGCGUGACUCCCACUCCGGAUAGGACGAGAUGA